CUCCCACCCCUGGUGAAAACUGCGGGCGCCGGGCAGGGUGCAGCAACUGGAGGCAGCGGCGCAUCCGGAGGAGACUGCAGCAGCGGAGGACCGGAGCCCAGAUCCAGGACUGAGCUCUCGGCACCAUGAACCCCACCACUGGCAUCGCUCUCCUGCUAACAGUCUUGCAGGUGGCCUGUGGGCAGAAGGUGACCAGCCUGACGGCCUGCCUGGUGGACCAGAGCCUUCGUCUGGACUGCCGCCAUGAGAAUACCACCGCCUUGCCCAUCCAGUACGAGUUUAGCCUGACCCGUGAGACAAAGAAGCACGUGCUCUUUGGCACUGUGGGGGUGCCUGAGCACACAUACCGCUCCCGAACCAGCUUCACCAGCAAGUACAACAUCAAGGUCCUCUACUUAUCCAGCUUCACCACCAAGGAUGAGGGGCUCUACACAUGCGAACUCCGCCUCUCUGGCCAGCCUCCAGUCGUCUCCAACAAGACUGUCUCUGUACUCAGAGACAAACUGGUCAAGUGUGAGGGCAUAAGCCUGCUGGCCCAGAACACCUCGCGGCUGCUGCUGCUCCUGCUCUCCCUGCCCCUCCUGCAGGCCAUGGAUUUCAUCUCCCUGUGACUGGUGGGCCCGCAGAGGACACAGAAAGCCACAAGGCCCAGUCCAGUGAUCCUACUUCUCUGUGUCAGCUGACCCCUCCCACCAUCCCUCACACACCUCGGGGAGAAAUGAGGACCCCACCCCUCAUAAGGAAUCCCAGUGCUGCAUGCCACUACCUACCCACCGCGACCCCACCCCACCACCACCCCACACCCUCUCCGCACGCCACUGGCUGUCUUUUUGUACUUUUUGUUCCAGAGCUGCUUCUGUCUGGUUUAUUUAGGGUUUACCCUUCCUUUUCUUUGGGAGUUUGUGAAAAGGGAAGCCAGGGUUGGGGACCUGAUGGAGAGAGAGGGUGUGGGAGGGUAGUGGGAUGGAAGGGUACCAGUGCCUGAGGGCUGUCCUUGCCCAUGGGACCAGAGGCCUGGGAGACACCUGGAUGAGGAGAGGGACGGGGUGUGUUUGGGCCUAGCACAUCCCUCAGCAGGCAAGGAUGGUGCCUGAAGACCCCAGAUGUGAGGGCACCACCGAGCACUUGUGGCCCAUCAGGGGAGGAGAACCGAGCGUCUCCAGGAGCAAUUCUCUGCCACAGCAAGAAAGCUGGCCUCUCACCACCGCAGAAGUCCCCUACGGGCCUUGGGCCCAGAGCACAGUUCAGUGAAAAUGCAGAUUUUGCCCAGGGAUCAGUGCUAAUGGAAGGUAGGGGAGGCAGGUAGAAGG